CAUCCAAAUAAAAUGGCUCUGAUGAGAAAAAAUGUCAUGCUUUUGUUUUUCAUUUUAAGUUUACUCUUGGCGAUUUCGCAAACUUUUUCAGCUAGGGUGUUGAACUCUACUUAUGAUGAUGUGUUUGAAGGUGUUGGUGAUGGUAUAAGUACUAAUGGAGGAAGUUCAACAACAACGUCAUCACUUGAGUGUUGGGAUGCGCUUUCGGAGGUUACAUCGUGCUCGGACAAGAUCUAUGCGUACUUCACCGGCGGCAAAGCCGACAUCGGCCCUUACUGUUGCCGUGCCAUUAACGUGAUUACACAUAAUUGUUGGCCAGCAAUAUUGACAGCGCUUGGUUUCUCAACUGACCAGACUUUUGUCCUGCGAGGGUAUUGCGAUGCAUCAUCUCCAAACGAUGUCGUUGCCGCAGGACCCGCUGAAGGACCAUCGUCAGCGUGAUCUUUUCAUGAUCGUUGUUUGAUCGUGAUGAUUUCCACUAUAAUAAGAUCAGCUAGUUAAAUGUGUAGCUUGCAAUAUUUCUUUUUCUUUGUUUUGAUGGAUCCCUAAAUAUCUUGUGGUGUUUUAAGUAGUUCCGUUUGGGUUGGCCACUUACUGAGUG